GAACAAUUUUUUCACAAGCUUGCAUCAUCGUCUGUGUCUGUCUGUCGUCUGCGCGACUCGCCUUGUUAUAAAAAACGAACAAACUCCAACAAACUGCCACUUUUUAAAGAAAACAACAAUCAUGAGACGUCACAGGUGACACAGUUUGGAAAACGAAGCUCAAACAGCUUCACCUUCAAUUAAAAAGUAGAUGUACUUCAGCUAGACGGAACAGAUUCACACCAUGCCUCCCACCUCAAGAGGCAAAGGAAAGCUGCGGGGACGAGGGCGUAAGCUCUUCAUGGGGCAGAGCUCAUUUGAGCGUCAUUAUGAUGCCCAUGGGAAGAAUCGAGACAAGUAUGUAGCCAUCCUGACCGUGCUACGACGAAGUGGAGUAGAGCUGUCUCUAGCAACAAAGACUCACGCUCUUGCGUCGGCCUGGGCUCACAACGAUCAUGACCUGGUAGACAGUUUACUGGCCAACUCCAAGGAGUUUGGCCUGGUUGAGAUCUUGAAGGCUGCCACCAUGCUGGACUCUGGUAGGAAGAUUAGGGAGUGGGAGAAGAAACUCAAGUUGCAGGAGAUGAAUCCCAAGAAAGGGCAGAGUCGUCAGAGAAGGGCAGUUGCGAAGAUUAAGGUUGCUAUCAAGAAUCUCAUCAUCUAUAAACCAAAGUUUGGAUCUUUGAGUGGCUCGGUAGCUCGACGCAUCAAACAGUGGGCAUCCAGUAUUUCAACUGUCAAUCUGGAGUUCUUUGCUCUUCAUCUCCCUAAGGAACCCUGGAAGAAACUGUCUGACCUUGUGCACUUCAAUCCCGAGAAGGACUUUGCUAACUUGCCGUGGUUCCUGCCUUUUUGCUAUGGCAAGCGAGCCCCCAUAGAUUCAAUGGUACAGAACUGCAGUAGAAUGACCCACACCAACGUCAACGGUCUAUUGCUGCUGUACAACGUCCCAUACGCUCACGUCAAGACAUUUAAGGACAGUCUGAAUGAGGAGUCUAAGGAACUCAUCAGCAGGAGGGAGGCCAUGCUGGACACAUUGCUUUGGUAUUAUGAGGAUCUUUGCUGCCCUGCUGUAGAUAUGGUUAUCGAAGAGAGGUUGAGGGCUGAUGAGCCAGUCAAUCUCCCCUACGGCAAACUCAUGGAGCGACUGCUCACCAUCAAGGUCAUGCGAGAAGAAAAAUUGAAGUCCGAAAGGAAGGUAGUUGCUACAUUCUAUCAUCUGCUGCUCCCUAUUGCUGAAAGAAGGCUUUUGGAAAUCAAGAUGAGCAUUGACGCUCCGGUGGUAGUCAUCGGAGAUCGCUCUCAGUCCAUGGCCAUCGCUGUACAGACCAGUACCAUCAUUGCUAGCCUCAUCUGUGCCAUCGCUAAGGCCGAGUUGUGCUUCUUCAAUCGGACCAACCACCACCCACCAGUUAUGCCUAGAACUAUCGAAGAGGUUCUCCACUUGGCGACGACUUUGAGCGCAGUGGGAGGGACAGCCCCUGCUGCUAGUCUCUUGCCCUACUACACAGAGAAGAAAGUUUGUAAGACAUUCAUCAUGGUCACAGAUGAAGAGGAGAAUGAUCCAAUCUUCAUUGACUUCAACCGAUACUUUUUUGCCGAUCUCUUUGAGAGGUACCACAAGGAAGUCUACCCCGCCAGGCUGGUCUUCAUCUCAUUCCUCAAGCAGCAACACACCACAGGGAAGAUGGUGAAGAAGCUCCAGGCCAAGGGCUUCAAGCCGCUUCAGUUCCACCUGGACGACCAGCGCCCCGAUCUGCUCAAGCUCAGUAACCUUCUUGGAACGCUCGCCAGCGAAAGCGAGGAUUUCAACGAUAGGGUGGUCGAGGUGGAGAGUGAACUACAGAUAGAAGGAACCAAGAAAGCGAUGGCCAAAUUGGUCGUAUAGACACAACCAGCCUCAUAUUUAUAUGCAGUGCAGUUUAUGCAAAUCAAUUUUUUACUGAUGUACUUUGUGUGGAUGCUAGCAGCAGGUGGUGUAUGUUGGCAGUCCUAAACAAUAUCUGUUUAGUCAAUGACCAGUGAUUAACCAACGGCCAACAAUUAUCGGCGCUGUGCUCAACUUGCACAAACUUACGUAUAUGUUUGCUACAAUAUGCAAGUGGGACCAAUUAUGCGAGCACAAAACUCACUUGCGAGGAAACAGUCAUACUAUUUUCUUUAAACAUCAAUAGGAUCCUAUUUCAAUUCAAAAAGAAGCUCUGCCCUCAACAUCUGCAUAAUAUACACCACUAAAGUACACUUUCAAAUAGAUUUAUUUUACAACAAAAUGUUUUCUACCCACCUUCUUGCCUUCUUAUAAAUGUAUGGCCAUUUAUAAAGCACCCACGAAACCCCCUGCAGUAUGUUCGCUGCUUGGUUGCUUAUGUUGCAAUUGUUGGCAUCAAGAUACAGUGGUUAGUUUUGCGCUAGUGGAAGCCACCACUUGUUAGUCAAUUGUUCUCGGAAACGUCUACGACAGUAUGAUCUCAGAUCUAUGUACAAUGCAGACAAUGUGCAAAACAACCGGGAAAAAAAAUUGAAACUGUAAUCAUAACACUAUGCUGUGGAUAUUGUAUGUAUAACCAAUUUUUUAGUUUGAAAAGAAGAUUUAUUUGCUUACAAAAGUUUAGUCUACAUCAUGAUGCAAAGUUAACAUCUAUAUGUAAUACAUUUAUGUUGUUUUCUGGUACACAAGCGACUUGCACAAGUCUAUUGUAAAUGCAGCAUUCAUUGUUGAAUACUUCAGUUUUUAAAUCUAACAAUUUUAGAAACAACGAAUUGUAACAUAACUGCUAAUCUAUUAUUAAUAAAGAGACUAUAAUUUGUAUUAUAAUAAACCCUUUUAAAAUAUAAGUUUUCAAUAUAAUAUACAUAUUAUUAGAAUAGCUUUUUAUUUUAACAUAAAUAAGUAAAACUAUACCUUAAAAAGGUUUUUGUUCACUUAUAUUAUAUAUUUAUUACUAUUUAAUUUAUUAUUAAUAUUUUUUGUGCGCAUUCAUUUUAUUUUAUUGUUGUUAAGGGUAGGGUAGCUGUCAAGUGUAAGUACAUUAUCAGAUCAGAAUUAUCGCUGGUAAUGUUGUUUAAAAUAUGGAUGGGAUGGUAAAUAACUAAAAAAAUAAUCAUUAUUUUUAUAUCUGUGGAGUAAAAUGGCCCAGCAUUCAUAAAUACUUGGUCUUAACGAUGGGAUGUCAAUCUGUGGAAGCUAGUGCAUAACUCAUUAAAGACAGUGGACACUAUUGGUAAUUGUCAAAGAGCAGUCUUCUCACUUGGUGUAUCUCAUGAUAUACA